AUGUCUCAGACCUCAGAAAAGUCUAAUGCCUGCUCUGAAAGAUCCGUCAAGUCUGGUACAAAGAGCCCUGCCUUCCAGGAAGUGGAUAAUGGCAAAAGCAUGACACAAAAUGCCUUAACUGUGACCACUCCAUUGCCUUGGACAAAGAGGUCUCCAUCUCCUAGAUCAAACCAUGACACUAAAAUUAAGACCAAUAGCCGAGCAACAAGUGGGAUGUCAGUAAGCUCUAAUGUAUCCUCGCAAUCCCAAAGAUCCAGUAAAUGUAAUUGUCACAGCUCCUCAAGUGGUAAUUUGAGAGAGACAAAUCCUGAGAAACAAAAAGAGGAUGCCAAAGAUGAAUCUGAAGAGAGCUUGUCAAGAAAAUCAAAACUGUCAAAUAAAUCCCUUAUCAAUAACAUUAAGUCUUCAGGCAACCAGUUUGAUGAGCCUCUAAGCCCAACAUCAACAGCGUCUGUUUCUAUCGGACUUGGAGAAGAGCACAAGGGUGAUGACUUUGAUGAAAGAUCAAUCAGCGGCAUGUCUGUCACCACAGAGGACGGUGGACAUAAGAUAGAGAAUGUAAAUGGAGUGGAUGCUAAGGAAAGGCCAAAUACAGAAGUUUCUGUGAAUUCUGCAAUUUCAGACAGACCAAAAAAGUCCCAUCACAUGAACUACAAGACUCCUGUUCAAGCCCUCUCGCCUGUCUCAGCUGAAAGUAUUAUGUCGGCAGAACUGAAGAAAAGCAAAUCUGGAAGCCAGUUAAAUGAAAACAACAUCAGAGUGCCCUCCACUUUGUCAAUGUCAUCUGUACAAAGUAAAACACCCUCCGGAGUUUCACAGGGAAGUGCUAAAAAUACAGUUACGAAAGGAGGAGAGUCUGAAGCUCUCAACAACACCAACCAUGCAGAAAUUACUAAAACAUCCUCAAAACAUGACCAAAGUGAAACAGCAUCUGGAAAAGCUACACCACCUACCACAAGAGAUGCCAAACAAGAAAAAACAUCGGUCAAGCAUCCAGAUUCCUCAAGCAACAGUGUUUUAUCUCAGGCACUUUCAGCAGCAGAUUUGUUGAGAGAAAUUAUUGGUAAUGCAAGACCAGUGAGUAGAGGAUCAAAGUCAGUUGCCUCUAGCAAAAAUGUUGACAAGGUAGAAAAUAAAAGCCAAAAAAGCAGCAGGAGCAAGCAUGAGGAAGUCAGCAUCUCAUUGGAGUGCGACAGCAAGGAACUGAUGCCGUCAUUCUUACCGAACGCUUCCCCUACAGAAGUUGUGAAUGACUGGCUUAGGAAGAUUCCCAUUGAAGGACAUGUUUAUGAAAUGGAUGGCGAACUCACCGAAUAUAUGAACCUGGCUCAAGGUGAUGAGGACACUUCUCAAACUGAAAAAAGCAUAAUUAAGGUUGAAGAACCUCAGGAGGAUCAAGCAGGCGAGAAUUAUUUUCAGCAGGAGACCAACGACAGUUGUGGUGAAAAAGCACAAUUGGAAACUCAUGAAAUGUAUCCUGACCCUGAAGCAUUAACCAAACAAGACUGCUUACAAAAGCAUUGCCAUUCUUCGGUUCAGGUCAUGAAGGUUUUACUGGGUCCAAAACUAGACAGAUCCAGUAGUUUACCUGAAGUCUCCCUUGCUUAUGGCAGAAAAUUAAGCCAGUCUGCUCAAGGUCUGUUGGACUGCCUUGCAAAUUUACGAUUGAUUGACUCAGAUUCUAAAAACGAAAAGAAACGUAAAUAUAAUGAAAUCAUGAUGAUCCUACAGUCGCUCUGGCUCCAAAAGCCCUCUGAGGAUGAACAGAAAAAGCAGGAGCAUCACUUCACCGAGGAUGAAUUUAACCCACGGUCUUCAUCUGGGGUUGAUGUUAGUAGCGGCUCCACUGGCUCUGUUAAAGGUAGCAUGAAUGGCAUAGUAGGAAAAAUAGAGACCACUCAUGGCACAAUACCACCAAUUGCCGAACAAGAGGCAUCAGUGGAAAUUAAAGAUGAAGAGGAAAAUUCUACAGCUCCUGCAUGUGAAUGUUUAGAUCCACCCAACGUUCUCUCGGAUCCAGUAACUCCAGACAUUGCAGAGCGAGUACAGGGGAGCCCAGUAAAUACACAACUGGAUGAUGACAAAGAAAAUGGCAUAUUACACAAAGAAGAUGUUGAAAGCAGUAAGAAAGAAUCAGAUCAAACACCACAAAUAAGCUCUGGGAAUGAGAGUAACACAAUGAAAUCUCAAGAAAAUACAAGCUCAGGAAGUCCACCGUCUGUUCAGAGAGCUCCGCUUCUUAAAAGGGUUUCACAAGACCCAGAUCCUGUUUGGGUACUGAACUUGUUAAAAAAGCUAGAAAACCAGUUCAUGUUGCAUUAUGCAGAUGCCAUGGCAGAGUUCAAAGUGAGGUGGGAUUUGGAUGACAACGAGAUGCUCGAUACAAUGAUCAGCGAACUGAAAGUGGAAGUACACAAACGGAUUCAAUCGAGUAUUCACAGAGAAUUGCAAAAAAUCCAAAGUCGGACAGGUAGGGGUCCAAGACCUCCGGGAAAUGCUCUAUCAAGAGAGUCUACAGUCCAGACUGAGCAGCGACGCAAGCGUCUUCGGGUCAUGCGCAAUAAGUCCAUCACCAUGUCAAGGGAUGAGGACAUUUACACUGCAUCUGGAACUGAAAACAGUGAUCAACGCAGUGAGGAUGAAUACUGUCCAUGCGAUGCAUGCAUGAAAAAGAAAAUGGCGUCAAGGGCAGUCCAGCAAGCUCAGGCUUUGAGUUUGGCUCCAGUUAUGAUGGAGUUUGAUCUGCGGAAAAUUUUACAACUGAAAAAGGAUCCAGUCAAACCUUUUGAAUUGAAGCUGGAAGAACAACGCACAACCAACUUGACUGAAGAAAACAACUUAGAAGUGGUUCAUGAAGAGGUAGAAGAUACGAAUGAUGUUGAGACGCCAGAUGGUGCUCUCAAUGCAGUAGAUGGUGAAAACAUAAACAAUGUAAAAUAUGUAUCUUCAGACUCUGAGAAAAGAGAAACAAAUGGUGAAGGUGGUGAAGAUGAGGAGGAGAAAGAAGGAGAGCAUGUGAAAGAAGAAGUGGUAAAUGGUGACACUGAGGGGAAAGAGGAAGUAGAGUUUGUUGAGGAAGAGACUGAAAAAGGAGAUACAGAAGAGGAUGGUGAGGAGAAAAACUGUCUUAAAGGAGAUGCAGCAAAUUCAGAAAACAGUGAUGUGGGUGCAGAGGUGGAAAAAGAGAUGGAGAUGACAGAAACUGGUGAGGAAACGGAAUCAGGUGACAAUAGAGCUGAAACUGAGACUGUGGAAGAGAGUACAGAAGACGAGUCUGCAGAAGAUGGUAGUGAAUCAAAUAAAGAUAAUACUCCUGAAACUACUGAAGGUGAAAAGUCAGAUGAGACACCAAAUGAAGAGUCUGCCAGUGAGAAGAAUGCUGAAGGAAGCCAAGAUGGAACUGCCGAGGAAGAUGGGACAUCAAACACAGGACAGGACGAGGACCAGCCUGAGAGAAAAGGCAAUGUGCCAAAGGUAAAGACCGAGGUUGAGGUCAACGGAGACACAGAAAAUGAAGUGGACAAAUGUAGCUCCGUUGAGGAAGAUUUAAAAAAUGAUGAUCAAUCUGAUGAAACUGUUGCUGUUAUCUGUGAGAGCACACUAGCAAAACAGGUAACGAGAACGUCAAUGGAAUCUCAACCAGGAUCCGUGGAGAAUUGCACAAAUCAGACAGCGCAAGCUAAACUGAAAGAUCUUCAGAGUUUCAUGGAGAGUGUUGAAAGUCAAGGCGACAACAUGGUUGUGAUUACUAAACAACCACCCUUCAAAGAGUCAAAUGGACCAGGAAACCUAAAGAACAUGUGCAAUGGCUUGACCGAAUGGCAAGUGUCCCCUAAAAUAAGCAACAGGGCCAAUAAACAAAAAAAUACGAAGGAUUGACAAUGAUGUUAUGGUGAACAAUACGGAAUUUUAAUAUUUCAUCUGAUAAACCCUCAAAUAAAGCACUUUAUUUUUGAUUGCUAAUGUUCCUUUAGAUGGGACUUAGAAGAUUAAUCUGUCUUCAAAGACAUCUAAACACCUAAAGAGAAACUUUGAAGAGAUUUCAAUUCUAUUGAUUGUACAAUACCGUAUAUUUCCAUGUAGUCAAGGUAUCGACUUCUAUUUAACCUAUGGAAUCAUAUACACUGGCAGUGAAAUACUUUAUAAACAUAGUCAUACAGUCACAGAACAUUAUACUGAUAAAUUUUUGAAUUCUCAGGAUGCUUAAUGUUAAAAGUAUUAUUUAAAUGCAUUGUUCAAAACAAACCUCAACCAGUGUUAGCAUUGCAUUACAUUUAUUCCAUAUUUAUUCCAAAUGGCACAAUUAUAUUUCAAAAUAUAUAAUUGCAGAUGUAAGAAUGGGCUUACCCAAAUUAGUAUGAGAGACGUUCAGUUUAGCAGCAACCAUGACUGUAUAUUUCGAAAUGAUUUGUUUAUUCAUGAAGUGGAAAGAUUGUCUUAUGCUGCUAAGUGGUGCUUGAUGCUGCAUUGUACAUUGUAAAACAUCUUGACAGAUGUGGUACUAAAAGCAUCCUUGACCAAGGUUUGUUGUAUGUUGCUAUUGUACUGUAUCAUCUAAUAAAUGCUCAAUUCUGAGAAUGUCA